CUUCCGGUGCCCCCGCCGCCAGUUGUGGCUGCAGCACCGGCCAGGGGUCCGGUCUGUUUCCGAGGCCGGGCUCUCCCUAGGAAGAGAUUCCCUGCUGGUCCAAACCUGUGCGGAAGAAAGCGCACCUGCCGUCAACGGACCACCCAUCGCAGCUCCCCUUAAAGGCUGGGACAUCACUGAUUUAAAACAUCAGCUUAUCAUAGGAUCUUUGGUUCUUUUUCUCUCCAAAACAAAGGCAGUGCAUCAGGGGAUAUCAGCUGCUGACAUGCUGUCCCUUGGCCACUGAUAAAGUGGCGGGUCUUCAGAAAGAACAAGCCCAUUUAGGCUGAGUCACUGUGGGGAAGGAAAGCUCUGCACAGGCGAUUGGCUGCCUCUUUUCGUCCUUCACCAACGUUACCUGGGAAGAGGCUUCAGGUCUUAGUAGGAUCAGGUCUCUUGCCCAUCCCAGUGCCUUUUUUAAGGAUUUCCAGGCACAAUGAAGGUCCUCCUGCUGAAAGACGCCAAGGAGGGUGACAGUGGCCAGGACCCAUAUAUCCAGGAACUUGGACUGCAUGGAUUGGAGGCCACACUGAUUCCUGUGCUAUCAUUUGAGUUUCUGUCUCUUCCCAGUUUGUCAGAGAAGCUGUCUCAGCCUGAAGGAUUUGGGGGACUGAUUUUCACCAGCCCCCGAGCAGUGGAGGCAGUGAAGCUGUGCCUGGAGAGAGACGGCAAGACUGAAGUCUGGGAAAUGUCUCUGAAAGACAAAUGGAACGCCAAGUCAGUGUAUGUGGUUGGAAAUACUACUGCUUCUCUAGUGAGUAAACUUGGGCUGCACGCAGAAGGAGAGCACAGCGGAAAUGCAGAGAAGCUUGCGGAAUAUAUCUGCUCCAGGGAGUCUUCAGCAUUGCCUCUCCUGUUUCCCUGUGGAGCCAUCAAAGGAGAUGUCCUACCCAGUAAGCUCAAGGACAAAGGGAUCCCCAUGGAAAGCAUGAAUGUCUACCAGACAAUUCCACAUCCUAGAAUCCAAGCGGACCUGGAGAGCUACUAUUCCAAGCAGGGUGUCCCAGCCAGCAUCACGUUUUUCAGUCCUUCUGGCCUUAAAUAUAGCCUUGAGUAUAUUCAGGAGUUAUCUGGUGACAGCUUCGAUCAAAUUAAGUUUAUAGCCAUCGGCCCCACCACAACCCGUGCUUUAGCUGCCAAGGGCCUGCCUGUGAGCUGCACAGCAGACAGCCCCACACCACAAGCCCUGGCCGCCGGCAUCAGGAAGGUGCUGCAGCCAAACAGCUGCUGCUGAACUGCACUGGGCCCAGCCCCUUUCCUGUGGGGCAGCUCACUCCUGCCUCUGGAAUGGAGCCCAGAACCAGAAAGGGCUCUGGAGAAGCUGCCACUGUCAACUCCUACCUGUCACUGGAGCAGAAGCACCUAGAUUGGAGAUGGAGCCAGUCAUCUCCUAGAUGGAGAUUGGAGCCUGGGAGCCUGUCAAUGUGUUCCAGAGUUCAGCUUGGAACCUAGGCCAGGUGCACCCUGGCUCCUGGACCUUGGGAGAGCUUCCUGUGCCCAGCAAGAAGGACAUCAACCACAUGGUGACUUGUGCUCGCAGCCCAUUAUUGUUCACCAGGUGUUUCUCUGUGCAGAGCUGUGUUCAGGGGAACAGACAGGGCCACCUCUGACGCCCAUUAUAAAAAUGAUAAAUUGCUGUGUGUGAACUAGAUUAUUCAUUCUACAAAAAAAGGACUGUGAUCCAAGGUUGCGACACAGUCGUAAUCCCAGCACUUGGAAGGUGGAGACUGGACAGUUGGGAGUUUAAGCCGGCCAGAACUGCUUAGGAAGACCCUGUCUCGAACAACAAACAAACAAGAAAGAAAGAAACAGGAUCUGCAAUCCCACCUUGUUUGCUAUGGAUAAUUAUAAUUCAAAUGCAGAAAUUUUCUUUCAUUUAGAAACAAAAUAUAUCUGAGGACUCUG